CCCCUCCCUCACCCAAGGCCAGGGUUGGUGAUCGCCUGGAACUAUUUAAACAGGUCAGCUCAUCCGAUCCCACUAAUUCAGCUAACAGAGACCACUCAGGCUGGUUGCUCUUUGAACUGACCGAGACCCUGCAAGAUGCCAAACUGGGGUGGAGGAGCAAAAUGUGGGGCUUGUGAAAAAACAGUCUACCACGCGGAGGAAAUCCAGUGCAAUGGAAGGAGUUUCCACAAGACCUGCUUCCACUGCAUGGCCUGCAGAAAGGCUCUGGAUAGCACCACAGUAGCAGCUCAUGAAUCUGAGAUCUACUGCAAAAUCUGUUACGGGAGGAGAUAUGGUCCUAAAGGAAUUGGUUAUGGACAAGGGGCAGGGUGCCUCAGUACUGAUACUGGAGAACAUCUUGGCCUGCAAUUUCAACAGUCCCCAAAGGCUGCUCGCUCAACUACCAGCAACCCUUCCAAAUUCACUCCGAAGUUCGGAGAGGUGGAAAAGUGCCCUCGGUGUGGCAAAUCAGUAUAUGCUGCUGAGAGAAUCAUGGGAGGAGGCAAACCUUGGCACAAAACCUGUUUCCGCUGUGCCAUUUGUGGAAAGAGUUUAGAAUCUACAAAUGUUACGGACAAAGAUGGAGAAUUGUACUGUAAAGUUUGCUAUGCAAAAAAUUUUGGCCCCACAGGAAUUGGCUUUGGUGGGCUUACUCAUCAGGUGGAAAAGAAAGAGUGAAACACCUUGGAUUAAGCACAUUUAUUUUCUGUCUCUGCAACUUCAUAAAGUAUUAGCUGAGUUAACACAGCACUGGUAGAAACCCUUUACAAACUAUCCUCUUCAUUUGACCUGGACUGUUUCUACUCAGAAGUGAUCAGAGUUCUUAGGGAUGACAAUCAACUACUGAAGGAAACUGAUGCAAAUUUGUUCCAUAACAAAUACAAUUUAACAUUUGUGAUACUUUGCAAAAAAUAAAUGUUUUCAUGGUAUCAGCA